CUUUCUAAAAAAACAUGAAUUUAAAAAUGUUUUUGAUUGUUCUCCCGCGAUGGCCAGUCUAAUGUCAAAAAUGUGUAUCUCGACGCGAUGACAGGCAAUCUUCGACAAAGAUGGCGCUGAUUUAUGUUAUGUCAGAUUUUUAAAAUUGAUUCGAAUUCUCGUCGAAUCCUUUUUUUUCUUUUCGAUAGUAUGCUAACGCGAAAAUCGAAUUUCCCCGUUGUCUAUUUUCGAGCUGCUUUUAUCGCAUGUCGUGUGUCGCGCGACUCCACAACGUAGGCGGAGACGUGCGCGGAAAGUCACGUGUAAUAUCGCGCGUAGGGUUCGGACUUAACCUAGCCUCGUCGUCGAAACCCCCGAAUCAGCGAUCACUCGUCAGCGUCGUGAGACUUUUCGGAUUCCCCUCCGUGGAAUGAUAAUCGCGAGUUUGGCGUAAGAAUAAGCGAAAGAGUUCCAUCUGUCAAAAUCAGCUGUUUCUAAUCGCCGUUUGAAGAGCUGACUGGUCGCACGAGAUCCCGAGAAAUAUAUAUGCAUAUAUAUAUGUAGGUAGUAUUGUGACAGAUCGGACAGAGUUUCGAGAAUAAAGCAUCUUCGCGAGGGAUUUGGAUUCGCCCUAAAUCCCUCAUUCCACAUCGCGCUUCUGCAUCUCCUGCAGCCUCCCGGGACACGUUCGAGUGAAUGCGGUUAAAUUUAACGCCUGGCUGAAAUGCCGAAGAUAAGGAUCAAGCAAACGCCGAACAGUCUUUGGUUAAGGCAACGCGAGCUAGGUGUAAAAUUCCCGCUCGGCCACAGUGACAAUUUUCACAAGACCCUCUAUUCCUCGAUACAGCCCAUCACUUCGUGGGAUCACGGGGACAAUUUGACCGCCGCAAGACACGGCGGUGUAUUUAAUUUGGAAUAUUCGCCAGACGGGUCUCUCCUGCUAGCGGCAUGUGAGAAGAAAAGUAUUUUAAUGUUUGACCCAUUAUGUAGGAAGUUGAUACAUGCGAUAGACAAUGCUCAUAAUGACUGCGUUAAUUGCGUAAGAUUUCUGGAUCAACGUAUGUUUGCAACUUGCUCUGAUGAUAGUACAGUUGCUUUAUGGGAUGCCAGAAACUUAAAGCAAAGAAUAAGGACUCUUCAGGGACACUCUAAUUGGGUCAAAAAUAUAGAAUAUAGUCCAAAUGAUAGUCUAUUAUUGACCAGUGGGUUCGACGGUAGCAUAUAUACUUGGGAUAUAAAUAGUUUUACAGAGAAUAGCUUUGUCUUUACUCGUGUAUUUCAUACAAAUGGGCUAAUGCGAUCAAGACUUACUCCGGAUACUAGCAAAAUGUUAAUAUGCACUACUUCAGGAUAUCUCAUUAUAAUACACAAUCUUAAACUCAGUACACUAAGUCAGGAUUUGGCUGGAUUCAAGCCAAAUAUGUAUAGAUUAAUGCAGUUAUCGCAGACUACUAUACCAGUUGCAGCUAGUUACACACACCUCUUUGCUCACGGCCGUCCCCACAAUAGAGUCGAGUUCCUCACCGAUUUUCCCGCGGGCGACGACGCUGAAGUAAUAUCUAGUUUACAAGUUCAUCCUCAAGGAUGGUGCGCCUUGUCUAGAAACGUCAGCAUCGGAGAGAAAUCUGAGUGGACUUGCAUUCACGAUAUACAGGAACGCGAACCAUCCAGCAUCGGGGAGCAAGUCAACGAGGGAGAAGAGGGCCGUUUGACGAGCUUGAACGUGGAAGAGUUCGAAGACUUUCCGCAGUCACAGCCGUCACGUUCGGGAAUCACGUCUUCCUUCAUGAUAGAAAAUACGAAUCGCCCUCGAAUAGUACACGAUGUAUCGUCGGACGUGAGAUCGAACUCGUUCGAGCCACAUAUUCGCAUGUCCACGGACGCCGCGCCAUCGUCGGUCAGACCGUCGUCGAGGGCGACAGGUUGGCAGACUACAACGACCCACAGAAAUCUACAACAUCAAUCGAGGAACCCUCGUCCGGAUAGAAACGCGACGAGGUCGAACUUCGACAUGCUCGAGGUCAGUACGAGCUCCGCCAGCGACGCGAGGGUGAACCCGACGAAUCACCACGAUGACAGAUCGGAGGAUCGGCACGACGUGGACGACAAUAAUGACAAUUCGGCAUCUGCCGACGAAGCGGAUCGGGAGGGUACGCGAGAGUACAGAUCGCCCAGACCGCACUCUCGGAUAGAUUUGCGGCGGCGUAACGCGAUCGACAACUUUUCCACUGGAAACGUAGAGCUGCAUGUGAGUACGGGCGACGUGUGGGAAGCGCUCGUGGCGAUCAGGGAGGCGAGACUUCGUAGGGAACGCGAGAGGGAAUUUUACCCGGGCGCCGAGAGGAGGGACUGGCUUUCCAGAUCCAACAACGGCGUCAGCGUGAAUAUUCCUCGUUCGUCCCACACGGUCGUGAUAAUCGGCGAUCGGGCUCGGGUGCAGAAUCUGCAGAACCGGCAGACUCUACAAGCUAUGUACGCGAUCCCGAGGAACCACAAGAUCCAUCAGAACACACCCAGAUUGACGCACUAUAUUGAGGAGCCGAACGUCGGUUCCGGGUAUAUCAAGGAACUUUGCUUCUCCGCGGAUGGCAGAUUGAUAUGUUCGCCCUUCGGUUACGGCGUACGAUUACUGGCGUUCUCGAGCGACUGCGCCGAAUUGUCUAAUUGCGUCCCGCCCGCCAACGAGUCUGUGCAGCUUCAUGAAUUAGCGACACACACUGGUCAUUCCGAUAUUGUGGUUAGCACGAAAUUCUCACCCAAACACUAUUUGUUUGUAUCCGGCUGCCUCAGCGGGAAAAUUGUCUGGCAUCAGCCGGUGGUUUAGCUAAAUUGAUAAUUAAUCUUUAUAGACAUACUUUUUGUUAUUUUUCAUUCAUCGCGGUCCCUUGGUAGAUACUUGAUAUACUUUGCAGCUUUAGAAAAGAUCGAUCUGUGAGAAAUUUUUUUGUUAAUUAUAUAUAAUUA